CGAGAUUGCGCGCGUCGCCAUCUCGGAGCGCAACGGAGAUCGCAUGAUUUAUGGCGCACUGCUUUUGUAAUUCGCGCAUAUCGUAGUGACUCAGGCCUCCGCGCGCGAGACUACCGUCUUGACUGCGUCUUGCAUUUUACAGCUACCGCGAGAUCCGGGGAAAACGAGGAGGGUGCUCGAACGAUCGAAGUAGUGGAGUAUUUUCUUGAAGUUCAGCUGUUGUACUUGCGAUAUAAGUGAUCUGACAGCGUUGUAGAACGCAGUCGAGAACGUUUGUCAGUCGCCGUCGUCCUUGUUACGGAGAGAUUCUUAUUAAAGGUUAACUUACUCCUGCUUGUCAACACGGAAUCAUUGAAGGAACAAUGUCUGACGAACAAUUCUCCUUGGUAUGGAACAGCUUCCCAACAAACCUGUCAUCAGGCUUGUACACUUUGCUGACAGAUGAACAUCUCGUGGAUGUCACUCUGGCUGCUGAAGGUCAAAUCCUACGCGCUCACAAGCUGAUACUAUCAGUUUGCAGCACAUAUUUCAGAGAGCUUUUCAAGGGAAACUCAUGCAAACAUCCCAUUGUCAUCCUGAAAGAUGUCAACUAUCGAGAUCUAUCAGCUAUGCUGCAUUUCAUGUAUCAAGGAGAGGUCAACAUCAAACAGGAGGACAUUGCCAGCUUUCUAAAAGUUGCAGAGGCUCUACAAAUAAAAGGACUGACCACAGAAGUGGAUGAGAGAUUUAAGGAGUCUCUCAGAAAAAAUGAUGAGGACUUCGAAGAUCGUGGUUUCUACGAAGUGGAGAGGGAUAAAUGUGAUCCCGGUGGUACGGACGAAAACGUUUCCACGUUCGGCAGACUGACACACAUCGUGAAGGAGCAGUCGACGACAAGGCAGAGUACUUCGACAGAGGACACCUCGAGAGAACAACCGUUUACCAGACAAACAUCAACUGGCACUGACUCUUGCCACUGGCAAGGUAGUGCAGAAGUCGACUACAAUGUCCCGGACGCACGGACAGCGUUUAGCGAGAGGAGCAGAAGCACGGACGUGCCGUGCAGUGUGGAGGAACCAUUGGACUGCACGUCUGAUGUGAGUCAACCACAGUCGACCAAGGUCGAACCACUGGACUACACAAUGGACACGGACGCGGAUUCGGGAUACAGAUACGCGACGGAUAAAAUGCUCUAUGCCGGCGACACCGAGAACGCGCCGAAACAAGAUUUCGCGCCAGAUACGCAGUUAGUUACCUACAAUCAGAAUUCACAAACUCAGCCGUUCGGCAUGAGUGACGUAACGACUUAUCCAAGUGACUUCACAUAUGAGACGGCAAAUUCCAGCAAUAAGGGACGGCGCACCGUUAAAGGUAUCCCCAGCAGUAGCCUACCAUUGGAGACAACAUUGCGUGUCGUUUCCGAGCUGGGCCCGACGUUGCGUAUGGAGCAUGGCAAGAUAGUACGCAUGUAUGCGUGCCCGUGGUGCUUGCGUCAGUUCACGCGCAAGGAAAACCUUAAGCUUCACGUCCGUUAUAUUCACGGUCCACUUGAAAGUCUCACGUGUAAGCUUUGUGGCAAUAAAUAUAAGAACAGUAACAGUCUGCGUGUACACUCCUACCUCUAUCACAACGCCAAGCGGGAUAAGAGCAGCAAGUCAUUGCCGACCGGUGACGACGGUGUUAGCAUCGAUGACGGUGACGGUGGAACCGGCGACAGCGGCGGUGAUGGCGUGUGAAGGAACAGUUUAAGAAGUUUCCCUCUUCUUUUUUAAAUCUGCCUUUCGGCGAUAAACGAGGCAACGAGAAUUAACGAGACAGAAGUGACGGAAGAGAUAAGCUGCGACUGAAAUUUGUUAUAUUUAUACUGCGCACUAUGCUACAAUUCGCACACAACCUAGACACAUAAUAAGUAUCGACUAUUUCUAUACGAUGCUAGAUAAGCAAGAGGUUUAUAUAGAAAUAAAGCGCCUUAUUGUAUAC